UGCCAGUGUAAACUAUGAUAAUUUAACAGUUUCUAAACACUUUUAUUAAUUUAUUUGCUUCAAUUUUACAUAUUUUACCAAUAAGUUGCGAGUUAUGUCUAAAGCCAAAGUAAUUAUGGUUGGACCAACUGCGUCUGGAAAAACAUUUUUAAGCAAUUUUCUAGCAGACGCAACAGAAUUCUCAGGUGGAGAAUACCACCCUACUCAAGGUGUCAGAAUUCUUGAGUUUGAAACUGGAGCUGCUGAUACAGGACGUGGUGGGAUAGAUGUGGAACUAUGGGACUGUAGUGGUGACAAAAAGUUUGAACCUUGCUGGCCAGCAAUGGUGAGAGAUGCCUCUGGUGCUAUUUUUGUAUUCAACCCCGACCACCCAAAUCAUGAUAAAGAGCUGGAUAUCUGGUAUAACUUUAUAAUUGGGAACCAGCAUCUCAAAGAGUCUCAGUGUUAUGUAUUUGCUCACCAUAAGCCCAACACAGCAGGGGAAUCAUCAGAACCAUCCAACAGCUUCAGUAAGAUCCCCCUCCUCCACACCAGUCUAGACGAAGACGCGGAGGCUGUGAGACGAGAGUUCAGCAGAUUUCUCUCAUCACUUGUGAAAGCCAUGUCUAGCAAUAGAGAGCAAGAGGAACUAACUCUAAUGAACCAAUAAGCUCCCUUUAGUCAGACAUUUUUUACUGUGAUACUUUUUAUACUGUUUUGUGUUGGAUACAUUUAAUUUGUUUUUUUAAAACUAAAUUUUCCAUGGAUAUGGUGAAGCAGAAAUAUUGUUUUUUAUUACAAAUAGACACAUAAGGUAAAUACGUAAUUGAUUACAAAAUCUUUUCCCUAUAUUUUAAAUUCACAUUUAUUGGCAUUACUUCUAAAGUUAGAACUUUGAUAUAAAAUUGUGCUUUCCAUAGCUGAAUAUGAUCCUGCAAUUUAAGAACUGUGCCAUAUAUUAAAUUUGGUUUAACAUUGUUGAGAUAAAACUACUUACAAUACUAAGGUAUAUGAAGGUUCAGCACUACUUAAUGUUGUAUUAUAAGUGUUUUAUAGUUUCCUUAUAGUCAUGCAAGAGUUUUGAAACAUGGCAGCUCAAAAUAUCAGAAAUUUAUUAAAGUUGAUUUG